AUGUCGGUGAGCCAGCCGCAGUCGGGAAGAGGUGUGCCUUGUUUACGCUGCAGAGGGACGUGCACGGGCUUCGAGCCACAUUCUUGGAGGAAAAUCUGCAAAUCGUGCAAAUGCAGCCAGGAGGAUCACAGCCUGAGCUCGGACGUGGAGGACGAUCGGAAAAUUGGGCGCCUGCUGUCAGACUCCAAGUACGCCACGCUCACCGCCCGGGUGAAGGGAGGUGACGGCGUUCGCAUUUACAAAAGGAACCGCAUGAUCAUCACCAACCCCAUCGUCUCUCGGAAGGACCCCACCUUCGACACCAUCACGUACGAGUGGGCUCCCCCGGGGCUCACCCAGAAGCUGGCCAUGCAGUACAUGGAGCUGAUCCCAAAGGACCCGUCCCAGUGCCGCGGCCUUGCGGAGGCAGAGCUGAAGCUGAUGGAAGACUUCGUGAAGAAGUACAAAGCCGAGGCGCUGGGUGUCGGGGAGGUGGCCCUGCCGGGCCAGGGCGCAGCCUCAGCUAGAGGUGGGGGGAAGAUCAUCUUCUCGGAAGACUACCAGCAGGCAGAAGGGAUGGCCUGGCACAAGAAGCACUUUGCCUGCCUGGAGUGCGAGACGCUGCUGACCGGCAAACCCUUUGCUCUGGACAAGGCCAGCCUCCUGUGCACGACCUGCAGCAAAAGCAAACGCCUGUGA